CACACACAAAUGCAAAUCUUUGUCUCCUCUCUCCCUUCAAAGUCUUUCGUUACAAAACCCUAAUAUCUUCUAACCCUUUCUCUAGCUUCUCUUAAGGUUUUUUUAUUUGGGUUCAUGCUGAUAACUACAUCUUCAAGACUUCAACACAGUUUCUGAACUUUUGAAGCAUAGUAAGAUCAAGGUUUGCUGCGUUUAUAGUUGUGAAGCUAGUCUCUCUGUCCCCAAACCAAGAAACAAUUUGCAAAUAUAAAGAGCAAAGGGAAGACCCCAAGUAAUUAAAAAAAAAAGAUGGAAAUUGCAAGUCAAGAAGAUCAUGAUAUGCCCAUCCCUUUAAACACUACAUUUGGUGCUGCUGGUGGUGGUGAUGGUCAUGGUCAUAUGAAUAUCCAUCAUCAUCAUGAUCUUCAUGCUCCUAAUUCUGCUCCUCCAACUCACAACAACAUCACUACUCAACCACCACAAAUGCCGCUACAUGGAAAUGGUCAUGGCAACAACUAUGAUCAUCAUCAUCAUCAUCAAGAUCCUCAUCAUGUGAGUUACAACGCCAUCAUCAAGAAGCCUAUGGUAAAGUACAAGGAGUGUCUCAAGAACCAUGCAGCAGCAAUGGGAGGCAAUGCUACUGAUGGCUGUGGAGAGUUUAUGCCAAGUGGUGAAGAUGGCUCCAUCGAAGCUCUCACUUGCUCAGCUUGCAAUUGCCACAGAAACUUCCAUAGGAAAGAAGUGGAAGGUGAACCCGCCAUGUCCCCUUACCACCAACAGCCUCCACCACGAAAACUCAUGCUCAACCACCACAAGAUAAGAUCAGCCAUGCCACACCAAAUGAUCAUGCCAAUAGGAGUUUCUAACUACAGGUACAUGCAUAACAACUCUGAGUCCGAUGACUUUAUGGAAGAAGAUGGCGUUGGCGUAACCGCAGCAUCAAGAUCGCUACCACACAUGCCAUACAACCAGAAGAAGAGGUUUAGGACGAAGUUCACGCCGGAACAGAAGGAGAAGAUGCUUAAUUUUGCAGAGAAAGUUGGGUGGAAGAUACAAAGGCAAGAAGAUUGUGUUGUUCAAAGGUUCUGUGAAGAGAUUGGAGUGAAGAGAAGAGUCCUUAAGGUUUGGAUGCACAACAACAAGAUCCAUUUCUCCAAGAAGAACAACAUUAACCUCGAAGACAACGACAACAACGAAAAGAGCAACAAUCUGAACAAUGUUGAUCUGUCCGCUAAUAACGACAUCACUAAGAUCGCUCCAUGAUUUAAUAAAUAACGUUAUUUUUACAUAUAUGAUCGUCUAUGGUUAUUAUAUUUAGUUAUGGAUAUCUUAGCUAUUUUAGGGUUCUAAAAUUAUUUUCUAGCUGGUUUAAUUUGGUUUUAUUUAUAUACAUAAACUCAUUUCGCUAUCUGAUUAAAGCCAUGGAUUUUAUA